UCGCGGGUCCCCGGCGUCCUGCUCGGGCCAACCAGAGUCCUUGUUUCAGCGUGUGCCUCUGGCCGAGCGCUCUCCUCACCACGGUCCCCCUGCGCGUUUGGCUGCGGCGCUCCCGGCGCGCCCCCUCCUCAGAUGGCGGCGGAGAUCCAGCCCAAGCCGCUGACCCGCAAGCCGAUCCUGCUGCAGCGGGUCGAGGGCUCCCAGGAGGUGGUGAAUAUGGCUGUACUCGUUCCCAAGGAGGAGGGCGUCAUCAGCGUCUCGGAGGACAGGACAGUUCGUGUAUGGUUAAAGAGAGAUAGUGGACAAUAUUGGCCAAGCAUAUAUCAUGUGAUGCCUUCUCCAUGUUCAUGCAUGUCUUUUAAUCCGGAAACAAGAAGACUGUCCAUAGGUCUAGACAAUGGUACAAUCUCAGAAUUUAUUUUAUCAGAAGAUUAUAACAAGAUGACUCCUGUGAAAAACUAUCAAGCACAUCAGAGCAGAGUGACGAUGAUCCUGUUUGUCCUGGAGCUGGAGUGGGUGCUGAGCACGGGACAAGACAAGCAGUUUGCCUGGCACUGCUCUGAGAGUGGGCAACGCCUGGGAGGUUAUCGCACCAGUGCUGUGGCCUCGGGCCUGCAAUUCGAUGUUGAAACCCGGCAUGUGUUUAUUGGCGAUCAUUCGGGCCAAGUAACCAUCCUCAAGCUGGAGCAAGAAAACUGCACCCUGGUCACAACAUUCAGAGGACAUACAGGUGGGGUGACUGCUCUCUGCUGGGACCCGGUCCAGCGAGUUUUGUUCUCAGGCAGCUCUGAUCACUCUGUAAUCAUGUGGGACAUCGGUGGGAGAAAAGGAACUGCCAUCGAGCUCCAAGGACACAAUGACAAAAUCCAGGCCCUCUCCUAUGCACAGCACACACGGCAGCUCAUCUCAUGUGGCAGUGAUGGUGGCAUAGUCAUCUGGAACAUGGACGUGGAGAGGCAGGAGACCCCUGAAUGGUUGGACAGUGAUUCCUGCCAAAAGUGUGAUCAGCCUUUCUUCUGGAACUUCAAGCAAAUGUGGGACAGUAGGAAAAUUGGCCUAAGACAGCACCACUGCCGCAAGUGCGGGAAGGCCGUCUGCGGCAAGUGCAGCUCCAAACGUUCCUCCAUCCCCCUGAUGGGCUUCGAGUUUGAAGUGAGGGUCUGUGACAGCUGCCACGAGGCCAUCACAGAUGAAGAACGAGCGCCCACGGCCACUUUCCACGACAGCAAACACAACAUUGUGCAUGUGCAUUUUGAUGCAACCCGGGGAUGGCUACUGACUUCGGGAACUGACAAGGUUAUUAAGUUGUGGGAUAUGACCCCAGUAGUAUCUUGAUGACACACCCAGGCAUCUGAAAGAUAGUAUUUACUCAAGAAUGAUUGUUCUAAUCCAAAUCGUUACUGGAGCAGUAAAGCAGUCGUGUGAAAGGAGAGAAACUGAAGAAACUAGCUGAGUUUGCAUAUUACCUGCACACAAGUGGUGAGCCAGUGAAUGAACACUUGGAGGGGACUCUUUCAACUUGUUCAUACAAUAUAAAAGAAGAUAUUUUUUUAACAAAUGGUUUGUACAAUCUGGCUUGCUGCAUUGUUUGAGUAUACUGUAAACUCUGUGUGGGGUGUUUAAUUUUUAAAUUUUCAACACUUCAUUUUAGUUGUUGUUUUGUGUGUUGGAGAAAUGAGGGAAAUGUCUGUUCAGGGUAUUUUUGGUCAUUUUAAAGCAGUUUCCAUGUUUUCUUCAUGUGGGCACAGGUCACCGGGUCAGCAACUUUUUCUUCUCUAUGUAUCUACUCUCACCUUCAUCUGCUUUCCACCAGAGUGUAUGUGUUUACACUGCUUAUAAACAGUUUCUGCUUUCCUAGAAAUCCUCUUCAAUUGAGAGAUUUGGAAAACCGUUCAUGUGGAUUUACCAACUGACUUCUUGAAUCACUUGAAGAACGAUGUGUAAUGUGUAACUUAUUCAUGUUCUUAUAUUGAGUAGAAAUAACCUGGUGUUUCUGCCUCCGUUUUUCUCUUUCUUUCCCAUAUUAAAAAAUGCCAUGAGAAAGCUGUUCCCAGCCAUUGUCAUCAUGGGAGUAGAUGAUUAUAACUCAGAGCUUCAAGUAUCAGUGCCUGGAUCGUUUCUAAUUCAAUUGGAGCCUUCUGAGCCUUCCAUGUUUUAUGUUUUAGUUUUAUUGACACAGCUCUCCCUCACUUGUAUUAAUAACAAACAAAAUCCUAUGUCCUUAAAAAAAAAAGUGUCUUUAAGCUCUGUUUUUGUGUGUGAUGUCACCUCUGACCUUGACCAUGUUCAUUAUGUGAGGUUGAAUCCUGUUCUAUUCCUCACCAUCUGUAUUUUCUCCCCCUUUAAAAACUAGAACACUUUGCACACUUAUACCAAAACUGUGUGAUCUGAGACAUAAAAAGGUACUGAAUCUUACAGCUCAUGAUGUCUUCCUGUUGGAAAUGUAAAAAAGGGCGUUAGAAAAUCAGUCUGAAGAACUCUGAUUUUAAGGGAAUCCAGUCAAAUUUGAUAGAAGUGAAAUAUUCUGUGUUUUAGUGACUCAUGACAUUUAAGCCCUUUUUUAAAACCUUAUUUUCACCUAUAAAAAUAGAAUUUAAAUGAGUGGGCAAGCAUGCGUUAUGUGCCUGCCCCAUUCUAAGCAUGUUACAUGGUAUCACCUCAUCAACCCUCACCUGUUGGGGGGUUUUGUUGGAUCACUAAGUCUCUUGGGGAUUACUACCAGGUUAAAUAAAACUUUGCAGGUAAACAUACGAAUUACUUGCUCAUUCUCUCCAAGUCCUA